GUUUGGACCCACGUGGUAGUUAAUGGCGACGCGCGAGAUCAACAGCGUCAUUUAUACCGACGGUUGUCCUUUUCACGUGAAACUUUCCUCUCUCUCCCUCUCUCUCUCUCUCACGCACACACACGCGCAAAUUUGCAGCUUUCUCUUUCCAUCAGAACCCUCCUUUUUAGCACAAGAGCUAGCCUCCAAUCACCGCCUCAUCUAAUUUUGCUGUCUGUUUCUUCUUCAUGAAGAUCGAUGUCCGCAACAUGGGAAUCAUCUUUCCAGAUGGGGCUGAAGAAAAAGAACAAGCGGCUCCUGAUGUUCAAAGUUCCUGGAAUUGCAGAACUCAAUACGAAAGCAGUCUAUUGACAUGGUUGUUUCUCCCUUAGUUUUAGUCAAUUGUUAACUGAUUAUCCUUUGUAUUCAAGGAUGGCGAGGGAGAUUUUGGUAGUUAUGCGGUAAAUGAAUUUUUUUUUUCCCAGUUGCUCAUGGAAUUUACAAUAUUGUACUAUUUUCUACCUUGAUUUGUAUCAUGGAGGCACUUGGAAAGAAAAGGAAGGGAUUGGAAAUCUUACGGUUAAGUCAUAACUCUCCAAAACCAUUAACAACCAUUUGGUCCCACCGGUCAUUGGAAAAUAACUCAAGGCACAAAAAGAAGUGUAAGGAAGGUGAACUUAGAGAAGUUCGUUCCAGUAAGAGUGUUUUUAAAGGAAUUGUUACUGCCCCACCAUGUGGGAGCAUCUGUCCGAACCCACCGGGGAAGGGUCUUAAGAGAAAAAUUGGGUGUAUUGAUGCCGCAACUCAAAUGGGUAGGAAGAAGAAGAUCGAACAGGAUUAUGAUUUGGGUGUGAUAAUUGGGCAAGGGAAGUUUGGGUCAGUGAGGUUGUGCCGAAGUAAAGUGAGUGGAGAAGAGUUUGCGUGCAAGACAUUGCGCAAGGUGGGGGAGCUUGCAUAUCAAGAGGUGGAGAUAAUGCAGCAUCUUUCCGGUUAUCCUGGUGUUGUAACACUGAAGGCGGUGUAUGAAGAUACAGAAUCCUUUUAUCUUGUGAUGGAGUUCUGUGCUGGGGGACGGCUGCUUGACCAGAUGGCUAGGGAAGGGCAGCUUUCAGAGUAUCGAGCUGCUAACAUACUCAAGCAACUGGUUUUGGUUAUCAAGUAUUGCCAUGAUAUGGGUGUUGUUCACCGUGACAUAAAGCCUGAGAACAUUCUUCUUACAAAUUCAGGACAGAUGAAGCUUGCAGACUUUGGCUUAGCUGUGAGGGUGUCUAAUGGUCAGAGCCUGGUAGGUGUUGUUGGAAGUCCUGCUUAUGUUGCCCCAGAAGUCUUGGUUGGUGAUUAUUCAGAGAAGGUUGAUAUCUGGAGUGCUGGUGUCCUCCUUCACGCUCUUUUGCUUGGUGUGCUUCCAUUUUCGGGUGAUUCCGUAGAGGCAAUAUUUGAGUCUAUUAAGAAGGUGAACCUUGACUUUGAGAGUGGAGUAUGGGAAUCAGUCUCUCCACCUGCCCGGAAUCUGAUUGCCCAUAUGCUGACUAGGGAUGUGUCAUCAAGGCUAACUGCUGACGAAGUACUAAGACAUCCAUGGCUCUUGUUCUAUACAGAACAAACAUUGGAGAGACUAACAUUCAAGCCAAAAACGAGAAACCGUGUUGGACUGACUUCUCACCAACUGACUGAUAUACAUGAUGUGGAGUCAGAGAGAAACAAGAUAAUUGGCAGCAACUUUCUCAGUGAUGACUCUAGCCUAAGUUCAUCAUCUGAUAGUUUGAGUAGGAGGUCAGAAGAGCAGGAGUGUGGAUUGGUUGAUGCUCUUGGAGUGGCAAUUUCACGCGUUAGGAUAUCUGAACCAAAAAGAAGUAGGCUUUGCAGCCCCAGCAGCCCAAUAAGACAAGAGUGUUCCUCUGAAAUGAAGGUUAAUAACCUCUGUACAGCGUUUUGAGUUGGGUGAAUAGCCUGCCGAUACAGCCACUGCUGGUGGAUAAGGAUCCACACCAAUUGAUUGCCUAAAUUGCUAGCAAUUUGGACAAGUAAUUGUUGUGUAUCACAAUCCGCUGCCAGUACCGACAGUGGGGUUAACUUAAAAUAACUAGAGCUUGACAAGGCAGAAAGAAGUCUAAUAACCAGCAAUCUUUGUCAUUUGCUGUAGAAAGUAUGGGUAACUACUGUAUUUGCUAGUACUUUGUGGUUUCCAUGUGUAAUCUUACUUAGUUUAACCUGACAAAACAGAUAUGUGAAUGUCUGCUUUGUAGAUCUCUUAUGUAAAUAGAGCUCGUGUGUUAUGGUGCUUUCCCUUAGCCAUAGCCAUGAAUCAGGGGUUUGAUGCAUUUUAGUUGAAUAACCCUAGUCAAUCUGUAA